UGCUGCCAUUCGUUUGACAUUGGUUUGAGUGGGCAGUUUAUAAAUACUCAUCUAUGCCUUCUCACCACCACUCAUAUCAAUCAUAUCAUACCAUUAUUAUAUUCCAUUUCUCUUCUUAAGAAAUUAAGAUGUGCUGCUUACUCAUCAGAUCCUUUCAACUCCUCUACCUUCUUUUCUUCCUCUUGAAUUUUCAAGCGUAUCUUUCAUCUUGUUCUUCUUCAAUAACACCAUUAUGCUCUCCUGAAGAAGCUGCUGCAUUGAUCCAAUUCAAGACCUCUUUUUCCAUCAGUCAAGAUUCAUCUUGGAAUUCUGAUCAUUAUGCUGGCAUUAACUCUUAUCCCAAGACAAAUUCAUGGAAGGAGGGUUCAGAUUGCUGCUCAUGGGAUGGGGUCACUUGUGAUAGCAUGAAAGGUCAAGUGAUUGGCCUGGACUUGAGUUGCAGUCAGCUAUAUGGCAGAAUCCCUUCCAAUAGUAGUCUCUUCCAUCUUCCACACCUACAGAAACUCAACCUAGCCCACAACAAUUUUUACUUUUCCAAGAUGUCAUCUAAGUUUGGUGGGUUUGCAAGCCUAAUGUAUCUCAAUCUCUCUGAUUCAAACUUUGCAGGUCAAGUCCCAUCCCAAGUCUCCCACUUGUCGAAAUUGGUUUCACUUGAUCUCUCUCAGAAUUAUUAUCAACCACUUGACAGGCAUACUCUGGAAGGACUCGUUGAGAACCUAACAGAGUUUCCACAUUGAAGCACAUAUAUCUCAACGAUAACAAGCUCAGUGGUGAUAUCAAGGAAUUCCAGUGCAAAUCACUAGAAGAGAUCUCUUUUGGGAAUAAUAAACUCAAAGGUCCUAUUCCAUCUUCAAUAUCCCAACUUGUGAAUCUUACUAGAGUUGACUUUUCACAUCUAAGUGGGUUUGUACAGAUUAACAUGUUCUCAAAACUCCAAAAUCUCCAAUACCUUGAUCUUUCAUAUAGCAGUCUAUCCUUAAACUCUAAUGGUACUAGUGCUGAUUAUGGAUCUCCAAAUCUUCA